CCAAACAGCUGAUAAAAACCACAAUAAUCCACAAGAAAUUCAGAUGACUCCAGUCCAUCUUGAUAAACGAAAAGCUACGUUUAUAAGAAACAAAUCCAUCAAAUCAGUUUGUUUUAAUUACAAAUAAGAUUUGUGUUCAGCAGUCAAAGUGCGUGUGUUUUUGUGGAAUAUUUGAAAUAUUUUAAUCUGCUCAGAACCAGAAACCCGUUUCAUUGUAUGUUCUUCUUUUUUCUUUCCCAAGUAGUAUACACGAUCUCUGAAUUAUGACUAGAAAUGUGUUUUUUUUUUUUUUUUUUUAGAAAGUGGUUUAUGGUUUAUGCUGUAGCUCUGUCUAUAAUAAUAUUGGACUGGUCCUCUGAAUGGAAGAAAAGACGACGCAGCAGUAAAUGGAAUUGGCACACAUAAUAAAACCUAUGGUGAAGUAGGAGCAUUUCUCUUUGGAAACCCACAGACUGACUAAUAGCUAAUUUCAUUUCAGAAUCCAAUAACAACUUCUCGGACAGUUAAAGCUUUAAGAUGCACAGAGCAAAAAAUAUUAUAGUGACAUAGCCCUGAUCAAGAGGCAAUUUCAUGAUCAUGAUUGCCUUGCCAAUGAACAAUAUAAUUGAAUUUGAACGUGCAACUGUAAUACAAAGUAGCUAUGUAUUGAAAUAAUUCAUAUUGCUUAAUUCAAUUUUUAAAUAUGUAAAUCAUAACAUACAGUACAGUGGGAGGUCUGAAACAUUUACACCAAAUUUAUAUGCAGACAUAUUAAUAAUGUGUAAUAAAAAUGUAUUCAUAAAUAUUUGUUAAACUGUAGAAAAAUUAUAAAUAGAAGCAUUUUUACAAGUGGUCUGACUUUUAAAUUUGACUGAUGUCUUCAAAACAGUGUUAAUUCAGUCACUAACAAGCUGUAAUCUUACAAUUUAUCAACUGACAUUUAAAUGUAAUUUAUUGCUAGGUAUAUACAUAUGUUUGCUUUCAUAUAUAUGUUAAUGGUCACAAAAAAUACUUGUACCCUCCUCUGUGUAACUGUUGUGGUAAUAUCACCUUUCUAGCACGAGAUGUCUCUACUUCAGUGUGUGACAGUUUCUGGACUCUUCACCCACAAACAGUUGGAUUUAUGGUUGAGCUACACUUAUCAGAAACACAAUCUGAUCCACUUAACGUGUGUAUUUUGCACGGACAGUGUACAGUGACAGCAGUGGAGCAGCAGCGGUCGCUCUGACCUCGUCUGUGUGUUUGCCUCGCACGCGGAUUAAACACACAAUGGCGACGCUCACAACGUCAAGCAAAAGGCCGUACCAUAUCAUUGUGUUCGGAGCGACCGGUUUUACCGGCCAGUUUGUAGUGGAGGAGGUUGCGCGGACUUGUAACGAGGGUCCAGGAGGGACGUUACAAUGGGCUGUAGCCGGACGAAACCGCGACCGACUGGAAAAAACACUCGUUCAGGCAGCUGACGCUCUGCGUAAACCAGAGCUGAAGUGUGUGGAGGUUAUUGUAGUAGAUGUAGCUGAGCCGGAGUCGUUGGCCAUCAUGUGCAAACAAGGAAUCAUUGUGCUCAACUGCGUGGGACCAUACAGAUUCUACGGAGAGCCCGUGGUGAAGGCCUGCAUAGAGAAUGGGGCCCACUGCAUUGAUAUCUGUGGAGAACCACAGUUUUUAGAGGGGAUACAGCUGAAGUACCACAGUAAAGCUCAGGAGAAUGAUGUGUAUAUCAUUGGAAGCUGUGGGUUUGAUUCAGUACCAGCAGAUAUGGGCAUCCUUUAUACACAGGUUCACUUCAAAGGAACGCUCACUGCUGUGGAGAGCUUCUUAACCAUCAACACGGGACCUGAGGGAGGAUGUGGCCAUGAUGCAACGUGGCAGUCAGCCAUCUUUGGCUUUGCUGACAGUGCCAGUCUCAAAAGAAUAAGGAGGAAGUUUGGGCAUAAACCUCUUCCAGCUGUUGGCGCUAGAAUUAAAAAGAGGGGAGCGCUGUUCUUCAGUAAGGAGAUUGAGCAGUAUGCCAUUCCCUUCAUGGGCUCAGAUCCGUCUGUGGUGCGACGGACUCAGCGAUAUCUGCAUGAGGAACAUAAACACAGCCCUGUUCAGUAUAUGGCAUAUGUAGGUAUUGGUGGUCUCUUCUCCGUGCUGAAGACCCUCUUUGCAGGUGUCGUCUUCUGGUUCAUGGUCAAAUUUAGUCUUGGCAGGGGAUUGCUUACUGAGUUUCCAGAAUUUUUCUCAUUUGGAUUGUUUUCCAAGACGGGACCAACAAGAAAGCAGAUGGAUGGAACCUCUUUCUGCCUGAGGUUCAUGGGGGAGGGCUACACGACUGGUCAGGACCCCUCUCAGGGCAAACCAAAUGCCACAAUCAGCACUGAAAUAACAGGACCAGAGCCAGGAUACAUCACAACACCAAUAACCAUGGUGCAGGCAGCUAUAACACUGCUUAACGAACAUCACUGUCUCCCUAAUAAGGGUGGUGUGUACACUCCAGGGUCAGCGUUUGCAAGAACCACCCUAAUCGACCGUCUGAACAAACACGGAAUCCAGUUCUCACUGAAGAACGGACAAUAGACAGGAGUACUUUGUCAGAUUCAAUCAGCCUAGUUGAUCUCUUUUGUUAUAUAAAUGAAAAAAAAAUUGCAUCGAGUUGUAUAGCAAAAAAAAAAAAAGUGUUGUAUGUCUGUACAUUGUUUGUGAUUCAUUAACCCUCAAGCAUCUUUUGGGACAAAUUUGGGCAAAAUCUUUUUUUUUUUUUUUUAAAUAGUUAAUCUGAGCAGUACAAGACUUGACUGCUUCUACUAAGUUUGCCAGCUAAACACACAUACAAAAAUGGACUUGGUUCAGCAAAGUUAAGUGGUUGCAAAAAAAAACCACAUAAUUUGUCCUUAGUGGGCACCCAUAGGAAAUGAAUGGGAAAUACUAUAAAUCAGAGCAUUUUUAAUUUGUCUAAUAAAAAUCAAUAUAUCCAACACAAUGCAGAUCAUAAAUACACAUAAAUGAAGGGGUGAGCCUAUACAACAUUCUCAAUGUGACAAAAACACACACACACCCAUAUCCAAAGCAUUGAAUGAGCCUAUAACACAGCUUUGUUAGAAAUAAAUGACUAAUUUGUCUUUCCCUGAUCAUGGUCAGAUUUGUCUUUAAUCAAUA